CGAGAGUGAGCGCAGGGCUGCAGGAGCCGCGGAAGGAGGAGAUCCGCUCGGCCGGUUUGUUUACAGGCUGGAGUUUGAAGCCGAGCCGCUCCGGACUUCAUUAAAGCGCCGCUCCGCUGCCCGGACACCCGCUUCGGACACUUCAGCGGCUCUUUAACCAGCAUGGGCGCCUCCGGCGGCUGCCAGCGGUGUGUUUCGCUGCUCCUGGCUGCGUGUUUGUGGCUGAGCGGGGCUGUGUGGGCUGAGCAGGUCGCCCUGGUGGAGGUCUUCGUGCAGCAGGACUCGGUCAGGAUCCUGCAGGGGCAGCUUCUCCAGGACAGCCUGGAUGCGAACCCCGCACAGACCCACCACAAGAAAGACCACAAGGAGCCUGACCUGCAGGGAGACCUCAGACUGAUCCGUGAUGAAGAUGAAGGGAAUGAAGUGAUCAGUCGUGAUGAUGAGGAUGACGACGGUGAUGGUGCUGAAGAAAAGAAGAAGAACCUGUGGAUAGGAGUGGUGCCUGUCGAGAUGGAGGAAAGCAGCACCGUUUCUAACGGCAACCAGGAAUCUUUCGCCGCUGCCGUUGUCAACAAGAUGAAGAGGGCGCUUGUUUUGGGCGCGUCUGCGCUCAUCAUCCUCGUCCUCAACCAGAACACAGUCCGAGAGAUGGAUCUCUCACAGGCUCUCUCGAAGCCCGUCAUCAUCAUUCAGACGUCAGAGAACGUCACCAGGCUCAUCGGCGCUCUGCUCAGAGGUCUUCACGCCACGGCGAAAAUCACGUACAAAACCUUCCUGCAGAAUAACUUGGGGGCCACUCUGACCCUGUGGUCCAGCUGUGGACGCUCCAGAGGGGGGCUUUAUGGAGAAUGGCAGGGGGUCAUCUGCACCGGAGAAACAAACUCACCUGUACAGAAGUACCUGCAGCAGCUGUGGAACACUGUGGUGCUGGUGGCUCUGAUUCUGUCCACUGGGGUCAUAGUUCACGCCCGCUGGCAAUACCACUACAACCAGUUCAACGAUGACCUACAGCUCCGGCCAAAGCAGGACCUGCUGAAAAGACUCUCAGCGCUGAAGACACGAACGUACCGGCAGCCGAAAGCCUGGAGUGACCCGACACACGGUCAGCCUGAGACGGACAGCUGCGCUGUGUGUUUAGAGCAAUACAACAACAACCAGUGUUUGCGGGUGUUGCCGUGUCUGCAUGAGUUCCACAGAGACUGUGUGGAUCCGUGGCUCCUGCUGCAGCAGACCUGCCCUCUCUGCAAACGCAGCGUGCUCGGUAAUUUCCGCUGAAGUGGAGCUGCCACCACUGGUGGAUCGGUAUCGAGGUCUCCCAACCCUGUACUGUACUGCUGGGGUAUCGCCACAAGAACGAGCCCUGACCUCUCCACAGACUCCUGACCCUCACGUCUGACCUCUGAGGACCCAGUUUCCUGACCUUUUCCUUUCUUUAAGUAUCUGCGACGGAUUUGACAAGCAUGGGAUCCCACUCUGGAUAGGGUUUGUGCUGAUGAAGAGCUUUUGAAGACCGAAACGGCGCUUCUUUUCGUGGGAGUGGGGGGUCCAGUCUGCGUUUUCUGAACGCUGCUUCUGGCUGCAUGUCUCCCAAAAGUGCAUCCCUUGCGCCGGUUUGCGCUGUGCAUGCGUCCCGCCGUCACGUCCUUUUACUUGCACCCAUCUGUAGAGCUUAUGUUGAACCAUUUUACAGCAAAACAGCAGCAAACUCUAACAAAUUCUCCAGUAAUAUUUCAAGUCAAGGUUUAUUUAUGUAGCGCUGUUUACAACAGGUGGAAAAAUCCAGGUCAGGGUCCCCAUGAGUGGCGCCAGUGGCACCAGUGGCAAGAAAAACUCCCUAAGAGCAGGAGGAAGAAACCUUGAGAGGAAACGAGGCUCAGAAGGGGAACCCGUCCUCCUCUGGUCCUCCACACUCUGCAUGCAGUUACACAUUUCCACCAGAGAGGGCCCCAGAUCCCCAAAUCUUACAUAGUGCAGCUUUAACUAACAAAACAUCAUCUGACUGUAAAAUAUUCUGAAAAUAUUGUGAUUGGAUUUUAUGAACUUUGCCGAACGAUGAGUUUAUAUACACUUAAUGACCCGAUAAGAUAAGGCAGAAAAUCAGAUUGAGUAACUGGUUCAGUGCGUUUUCAGAUUCGAUUUCUUGUUCAAAUCCGAUCUCUUUGACUUGAUGGUUCAGACUCGUUUAGGUCAGUGACUCAAAUCGGUCAUUAAUGUGAUGAACUGGCUCCUGAUUGAAUCACUGCAUCAUCAGCACAAACUAACGAGCAGAACGAGCUUCGCUGAGAAGAUCAUUAACUCUGAUCAGCUCUCAGCUUCAUUAUUAGAGCCAGACGGAGGAGGAAAAGGUGAGAUGAGCUGCUUUUCCACCAGGCUUUAACGGCUGUUCGGUGCCAUGUGUUGUGUGUUGCGCUGGUGCGAGUGGAUCAGACACAGCAGCGCUGCUGGAGUUUUUAAACACUGUGUCCACUCACUGUCCACUCUAUUAGACACUCCUACCUUGUCGGUCCACAUUGUAGUCCA